AUGGAAAUUAUCCCUGCUGAUGAAGAGAAUAACUUAGUAAAUCCAACUACUGUGAACAUGCAAGAUACUGUGGUUAUUAGUAAACAGAAUAAAAAGACAGUAGCAGUAGAGGUUGAUAUCUCAGAUGAUGAUGACAAUGAGGAUGAAUUAGUUCUAGAUAGGGUCUCAAAUGAUGACAGUGAGGACAGUGAUACUAAUUUUUUUGAUUUUGAAGACAAUGAAGCAGAAAUUCUGGUUCCUGAUUCUGAAAGUGAGGAAGGGAAUGAUCCUAUAAGACAAUUAAUGAGAUCAAAGAUGUGGAUUUACAAUCCUAAAGAUGACAUAGAGUUUGAGAAAGGUCAAUUAUUCACCAAUGUGGAUGCAUUUAGGGCUGUCUUGAAAGAUUAUGUUAUUCAAAAAGGCUUUCCGCUUCUGAGAUUGAAAAAUGAGAGAUCUAGAGUGACUGCUAUCUGCAAUGCUGAGGGAUGCAAGUGGAGAAUACAUGCAUCACCAGUGGCUGAUAAUAUCACUUUUCAGAUUAAAAGUUACCAACCACAGCACACUUGUGUGAUGGAUAAACACUGUGCUGAAGCCACAUCUGAUUGGAUGGCCAAGAAGCUAGUUAGUGUCAUGAGAGAUCAUCCUAAUAUGACCAGCAAAGGUGUAGAGGCAGAGUUGAGGAAGUAUGGUGUGAAGCAAAGUAAAAUACAAAUUUUUAGAGCUAAGUACAAAGCACUUAAUGAAAUAGAAAGUACACAUGCUGAAUCUUAUUCUAAACUUCCAAAAUAUGCUGAACUGUUAAGGAACAAUAAUCCCAACAAUAUUUGUAAAAUACAUUAUGAUAUACCAAAUCUGUUAGUUGAGCCUAAAUUUUUGAGAAUAUUAAUUAGCUUUAGAGCUCAAAAGCUGGGAUUCCUAGAAGGUUGUAGGCCUUUUGUGGGAUUUGAUGGAUGUUUCUUAAAGGGUCCAUUUGGAGGUAUGCUUCUCAUUGCAGUUGCUUUGGAUGCAAACAACAGCAUAUUUUCAAUAGCAUUUGCUAUAACUGAAUGUGAGAACAAGGAUACUUGGAUGUGGUUUUUCUACUACUUUCAAGAGUUUUUUGGAUAA